GUGAGGUUGGUGAAUGGUGGAAGUCGCUGUUCUGGGAGAGUGGAGGUUCUUCAUGAUGGUCAGUGGGGAACAGUGUGCCAUAAUGGCUGGGAUAUGAGAGAAGCUGCAGUGGUGUGUAGAGAGCUGCGCUGUGGUGAGGCUGUAAAUGUACGGUAUGUUGCUCAUUUUGGACAAGGAUCAGGACCAAUCUGGAUGGAUCAAGUGAACUGUAGAGGAUCAGAGUCGACACUGAAGGACUGUGGAUCACGAGGGUGGGGGAAAACUAACUGUAAUCAUGGUGGAGAUGCUGGAGUCACCUGCUCAGAUCAUGAAGCUGAGAAUAGUGAUGACACCAUUACAGCUGAUCAGAAGACAGUUAUACUGACAGACAGUGUGAGGUUGGUGAAUGGUGGAAGUCGCUGUGCUGGGAGAGUGGAGGUUCUUCAUGAUGGACAGUGGGGAACAGUGUGUAGUUCUGCCUGGGAUAUGAAAGAUGCUGCAGUGGUGUGUGGAGAGCUGCGCUGUGGGGAGGCUGUAGAGAUUAGAUAUUGGGCUGAUUUUGGACAAGGAUCAGGACCAAUCUGGAUAUAUGAUUUGUACUGUAGAGGAUCUGAGUUGACCCUGAACAAUUGUAGCUCACAAGGAGGACAUUACUGUGGUCAUAGUCUAGAUGCUGGAGUCAUCUGUUCAGGACAUAUAAAGCCGAGACUCACUGCUGGUCCUCACCAGUGCUCUGGGAGAGUGGAGGUGUUUCUUGGAGGUUCCUGGUCCACAGUGUGUGAUGCUGACUUUGACCAGCAGGAUGCAGAGGUUGUGUGUCGAGAGCUGGACUGUGGGAUUCCUGUGGAGGUUCUGGGAUCAGCUGCUUUUGGACGAGGGGAGGGUCAGGUGUGGACAGAGGAGCUUCAGUGUCACACAGAGGCGCGGCUGGUGAACGGACCGGACUCCUGUUCUGGUCGAGUGGAGCUCCAGUACCUCGGUGAGUGGGGCACAGUUUGUGAUGUAGGCUGGGAUAUGAGAGCUGCAGAUGUUCUGUGUGCACAGCUGGAUUGUGGGAGUGCUGUGGCUGUGGUGGAGGUGGACUGGUUUGGGGAGGGGAGUGGCCACAUCUGGGCUGAUGUGUUUGAUUGUCAGGGGAAGGAGACACACCUAUCACGAUGUGGUGUCUCAUCAUGGAGUCGAGCUGCAUGCUCUCAUAAACACGACGCUGGAGUCAUCUGUAAUGGAUCAUCGAUGGUGUUUCAUGAGGGGCGAGUGCGGUUGUCUGGAGGGAGAGAGUGUCAGGGGGAGGUGGAGAUUUAUUUCAGGCAGGACUGGAGGAGAGUUCUCCUGGACUCGUGGAGUCUGUCUGAGGCGUCUGUGCUCUGCAGACAGCUGGGCUGUGGCUCUGUGCUGAACUACCGCUCCUCUCCAUCCACCACUGAACACAAACACAUGUGUGUAACGGGUUUCAGCUGCUCUGGGAGUGAAGCUCAUCUGGGGAACUGCAGCAGGCCACAAGCUGAACCUGUCAACUGCAGCUCUGGGGAACAGCUCUACAUCACCUGCUCAGGUAAACACCUACAGAUGAGCAGACAUGUACAUUUAAAAUGA